CCUCCUCGAGCAUCUUUCACAAGGAGGCGGAAAUACGUGAUUGACCAGGAAGCGGAUGUCAGCGAAAGCAUGGCGGCGCGCUGUGUUGUGCAGUCCGCAAGGACAGCGCUGAGGUCCGUUCAGAACGAGCUCAGCACCAAGAGUUUAUUUCAGAGGAUACCGGGUUUCUCGCAGCUCUCGUUUUUGGGGAGUGCGCCGUGUCGCGGAUUUAGACAUGUGGUGGAGAAGAAAGAAGGCAAAACGACAGUUAUAGAGGGUGUUAUUGAGCCUACAUCUGAGCAACCACAGCCUCCCAACCCCACAGCUUCCUGUCCCAUCUACAGAUGGAACCUACAAAACAAGUACAACUACACCGACGUGCUGUUACUCAGUCAGUUCAUUCGCUCAGAUGGUGGGAUGCUUCCCCGGCGCAUUACAGGCCUCUGUGCUCAGGAACAUACCAAGAUAGUAAUUUGUGUACAGAUGGCCCAUCGUGCAGGACUCCUACCAGAUCAUAAACCCCCUUUACCUGAAGGCCAUGUUCCAAAACCUAAACCCAACCCACCUCUCAACCGGUAUCUGACACGUUACUCUGUGAAGUCUGUGAAGCCCAUCUUCAAGACAGGGCUGAAGUGGUGUAAGAAGAGAAUGACUGUAGGACAUCCUGCCCUGAAAAACAAUGUCAGAUACAGCCCCAAACCACUGUACAUAAAGCACUGAUGGACACAGCUGUUAACCCAAUCAAAAGAGUGACUUUCAUGGGACUGAGAGGAUCUAUGACAAAGGAUUUGUACCUGCCUCUGGCACAAAGAGACUGUUAAUUGAUAAACCAGAGUGCACUGAAACAUCAAAAUGUAAAUUCAGAGAUCACUGUAAUGUAACUCUAGAACUGUAUGUUCAGCCCUCUGAUUUGGCUUUCCACAGUGUGAUUUGGAGAAAUGUUAAAUUAUAUUAUUGCAAGGGCAGAUUUGCAAAUAAAGCGUUUCCCUCACUUGCAGCUGUUGCAUG